CCCCGCCCUCUCUCUCACACACAUACACACGAUCGCGCACGUUAAGCACGAAACAAGUUAAAAGCGCAGGUCUCACACUGAGCGCCAAAGCCCAUAAAGCAAAACCUACCCAUAAAAAUCCAAUCUUUAGCCGUUUCCUCUCCUCUCCACUUCCCCACUCUCACAGAUGUCUCGCACCACUUCUCUCUCUCUCUCUCUCUUUCUCUCUCUACCUGCAUCUUUAUUUGACUAGAAUGACUGCUCCCUUUCUUCCCAAACCAAGAUGGUUUCCCACACCCAAAUCCUAGACGCUCUGUUUUGCGAGGAAGACCAUUUCGACACCACAGAAGAAAACUAUAAUUUCCUACAACAAGAAGAAGAAGACAACAGCUGCUCUUCACACCAAUAUUCCUUAAACGCCCAUUCUUUCCUCAAUCUCUUCGAACAAGACGAGGAGCUCAUAUCGCUACUGUACAAAGAGCAGCGAAACGAACCGCACCGUGGCUGCUUUGAAGAGGAUCUAAGGGAAGAAGUAGUUCAAUGGAUGCUUAGAGUCAUUGGGUACUACUCCUUCUCCGCUCUCACUGCGGUUCUUGCAGUUACCUAUCUCGACAGAUUCCUCCACAGAUGCGAUCAGCCAUGGAUGUUUCAGCUUGCCGCUGUCGCUUGCCUCUCUCUUGCUGCAAAAGUUGAUGAAACCGAUGUCCCUCUUCUUCUAGACUUUCAAGUGGAGGAGCCCAUGUACGUUUUCGAGCCCAAAAAUAUCCAGAAAAUGGAAAUUCUGAUUCUGUCGUCUCUUGAGUGGAAGAUGAAUCUCAUCACACCGUUUUCGUUUCUUGAUUACAUUGCAAGAAGGCUGUCGUUGAACGACCAUAUUUGUGGGGAGUUUCUUACAAGAUGCGAGCGCCUCAUUCUCUCUGUUAUAACUGACAGCAGAUUCAUGGCGUAUCUGCCUUCUACAAUGGCGAGUGCAGCAAUGGUGCAUCUGAUAACCAGCAUCGAACCCUCCAUCGAUUUGGAACACCAUGAUCGAUUAUUAGGGAUUCUUGGAAUCAACAAGGACAAAGUGCGAGAAUGCUGUACGCUGAUUCAAGAAGUGGCCACGAAUGUCGGAAUCGACGCCAACAACAAAAGAAAGAUGGGAUCUUUGCCUUGCAGCCCAACAGGGCUGUUUGAUCUCUCAUUCAUCUCAGAUUCCUCAAACGAUUCUUGGGCAGUCGCUUCCAAUUCCUCCUCGGUUUCCUCCUCGCCUCAGCCGCAGUUCAAAAGAAUCAAGACCCAAAACGCCUUUCAAUUUUCGGAAUUCUAAUUCAUAUCUAUAUAUAUAUUAUAUAUAUAUAUAUAUUAUAUGUUGAAUAACAUUUGUAUUCAGUCAAAUGCCAACCAUCCUUGCAGGAAAAUCAUUUUGUGGGCCAUCUCAAAAAUGGACUUCACAGAUUUAUAUAAAUAUAUUUAUAUGGGGCAAAGAUAGUUGGCAUUUUAUGCGGAUGAAGGAAAUAGAAAUGCAGAGAAAUUAAUUCCCAGUAUUUUCAUUGAUAUUAUUUUACAUAUUGUAAAUUGUUUUUGUGAAUAUAUGGGUCUAUUUAAGAAA